AAUGACACAUUACAUUCAAAAUUCCAGACUGCGAAGUUAAUUACCAAUUAAUGCAAAAGCUAGCACAAAUCAGUUAGUGGAUCUUUCAUUCUUUAAUUUAGGAAGACGACAGAAAUGCCCCUUUCAAUGUCAUUCGUGAUUUAGCCGUUUGGUUACAUAUCUAGUGAGAUAAAAAUGAGGACCCGCAGUAACUCAGGGGUCCGCUUGGAUUAUUAUCAGAGAGUGGUGCAUAAGUUAAUUUUAGACCAUCAGCAGCCCGUAACUGGUUUGUUCCCAGCAAGUCCUCACAAUGACCACGCAUGGAUCAGAGAUAACUUGUACUGUAUCCUGGCAGUAUGGGGGCUAUCAAUGGCGUUCAAAAAAAUCGCCGAUCAAGACGAAGAUCGAGCCAAGACCUAUGAAUUGGAGCAAAGUUGUGUGAAACUCAUGAGAGGUCUGUUAAUGGCUAUGAUGCAGCAAAAAGAAAAAGUAGAAAAAUUUAAGAGCACACAGCACUCAUUAGAUUCACUCCACGCCAAGUAUUCCUCAGCCACCGGCCGCACUGUGGUCAAGGACAAUGAGUGGGGACACUUGCAGAUUGAUGCAAUCUCCCUGUAUUUGCUCAUUCUAGCCCAGAUGACUGCCUCUGGUCUACAAAUAGUAUUCUCCCUAGAUGAAGUAGCUUUUAUUCAAAACCUAGUAUUUUAUAUAGAAUCAGCUUACUGCACACCAGAUUAUGGGAUUUGGGAGAGAGGAGACAAAACCAACCAUGGACUUCCAGAACUCAAUGCUAGCUCAAUUGGCAUGGCUAAGGCAGCUCUUGAAGCUAUGAAUGAGCUAGAUCUUUUUGGAGCUAGAGGAGGGCCUUCCAGUGUCAUCCAUGUACUGGCUGAUGAGGCCCAGAAGUGCCAGGCUGUCCUACAGUCUAUGCUGCCCAGGGAGUCAAACAGUAAGGAACUUGAUUCAGGAUUGCUGUCAAUCAUAAGUUACCCAGCUUUUGCUGUGGAUGAUCCUCAGUUAAUUGCAAAAACAAGAGAUGCAAUCGUCACAAAACUACAAGGAAAGUUUGGCUGCAAGAGAUUUUUAAGAGAUGGCCAUAAAACCCCUAGGGAAGAUCCAAAUAGGCUGUACUAUGAACCAUGGGAGCUUAGAAUGUUUGAGAAUAUAGAAUGUGAAUGGCCUCUAUUCUUUUGCUAUCUCAUUCUUGAUUACUGUUUCCAAGGUGACAAAAGUAAUGUCAGUGAUUACAUGCAAAGAUUGGAGAAGAUCAUGAUAAGAAAAGAUGAUGGUAUUAAACUUGUGCCAGAGCUAUAUUCAGUUCCUGCUGAAAAAGCAGAUUUAGAACAGCUUGAACCAGGAAGCCAAGAGCGUAUACCCCUUGGGAGAUGUCCAUUUAUUUGGGCUCAGUCAUUGUAUAUCCUGGGAAAACUGUUACAAGAGGGUUUUCUAGCAGUUGGUGAAUUAGAUCCACUUAAUAGAAGACUUUGUUCUGAGAAAAAACCUGAUGUUGUAGUGCAAAUUGUUAUCCUUGCUGAAGAUAAUGAGAUCAGGGAUAAGUUACUUGAAUAUGACCUCCAUGUCCAGACUAUAAGUGAAGUGGCUCCAAUCGAAGUCCAGCCUGCUAGAGUGUUAAGUCAUCUCUACACAUAUUUAGGCAGAAAUAAAAAAUUGGGACUGUCUGGGCGAAAAUCUCGUGAUGUUGGUAUUCUAAGUACUAGCAAGCUGUAUUCCUUGAAUGACCGUAUUUUUGCUUUCACUCCUCAAAACUUCGACUACGAGGAGUACUACAUGUCGCGCGACCCGGCUCUCCUCGCGAGCACGUUCACCGCAAACGUCGCCUUCCUCGGCAUGAGCUGGAAACAGAUGCUCGGCCGGCCCACAAUCACGUUACUUGCCACGCAGUAUUUGUUAGAUCAGGGUAAGAUCCCGAUGGCAAUGAUAACGACAAUGAAGAAACUGAAGUCGGGAUACAUAAACGGCACGCGAGUGACUCUCGGCAACCUGGGGGACUUUUUGAGCACAUCAGCUAUUACGAAUCUCAGCUUCCUCGGCAGCCAAGAAGAUGGCUAUCCUGACAAGCUAAACCUUCAAGUACAGAGCUACCUAGAGGAGCACCUACUAAAGUCGUUCAGCAACAAACUGAGCUUAUUGCCGCGGCCAGCCGGCGCGCGCAACCCGCGUUCGCUGCGCCGCCGAAUGUCUGUGCGCGGUGCCAUCAAGAAGACGCGCUCCAUCAACGUGGACUCGGAGACGCUUGGUAUGGAAGGCGAGUACGCCGGCCCUAUCUUGGAAAGGAAGCCAUCUUGGUUAGAAGUAGACCCCAAUUUCGGCCGCAGCCCUUCGCCAGAAGAAGCUAGGAAGAAAGCUUUUACUAAGGGAACUUCAACGACAAGUCUUGGCGCGGGCACUCCAACUAUUGAAAUCACUAAAGAACAGACCCCAUCGCCGCCUAAAGAAGAAGGUAUCGUCAACAAAAACCUAGCGAUCGUGCGUAACCGAACGACGUCGGAGUCUCAGACGAUGUACGCCGAGCAGGAGACCGACGAGUUAAUCGCCAUGCUGCGCGAGACUGAGAGCCUGGACGAGCAGGGAGACAUACUGCAGUACCUGGUCGACACGCAGGGACUUGAUUUUAACACAGGAAUGCUAGAAAACGGCAAAAACGUGACCGUGAAAGACUUACUCAAGGUGUUAUACGAGAAGGCCUGCACCCAGAAACUUUGGGGCCUCGUGAGACAUACGGCCGGCAUGCUCGGCAAGCGAGUGGAGGACCUCGCUAAGGCCGUGACAGACUUGCUGGUGCGACAGAAACAGAUCACGGUGGGCAUGCCGCCUAACAACGAACAUACUAUCACGGCGCCGCUGCCGGAGAACGAACUCAGGCAGCUCAUCCAUUUGGCGUAUGGAGACGACGAGAGUACGGCCAUGCUGACGCAAGAGCUGCUGGUAUAUUUGGCCAUGUUCAUCCGCACGGAGCCGCAGCUAUUCCUGGAAAUGUUACGUCUUAGGGUCGGGCUUAUUAUUCAGGUGAUGGCCACGGAAUUAUCUCGCACUCUCUCGUGCAACGGCGAGGAAGCAUCUGAGCACUUGCUCAAUUUGUCUCCGUUUGAAAUGAAGAACUUGCUCUACCACAUUCUCAGCGGAAAGGAGUUUGCUAUCAACAGUGCAAAUUCCCUGCAUUUUGUUAAGGAAAAAAUCAACAAAAGUAAAGGUCGCGGCGGCAACUUUUCCAUCGUCAGCAACAAGUCAAGCCGUUACGGCAAGAAGUCACAAAUCGUUUUGGAGGGCCAAUCGCUUCAGGGCACUAUGGAUGACAUGACACCUAUAGCAGAGCCGGAUCGUCAAGGGCAAUGGUUGCGCCGGCGCAGACUGGACGGGGCCCUCAACAGAGUGCCGCGAGACUUCUAUCCUCGUGUAUGGGGUGUCUUGGAAAAGUGCCAAGGCCUAGUGAUCCAAGGCAAGGUUCUCCAACCAAACCUGACGCAAGAGAUGACGUCAGGCGAGCUAAAGUUCGCGCUGGCGGUGGAGACAGUCCUGAACUCCAUCCCGCAACCAGAGUACCGCCAGCUCGUGGUGGAAGCGCUUAUGGUGCUGACGCUGGUGGUGGAGUACCGCGCCGUGAGCUCGCUGGGAGCUGUAAUUGGGGUUGAAGCGCUCGUGCACAAGGCCAACCAGAUAUUCCUGGAGGAUCAGAUGCGCGUGAGCGGCGACGCGACGCUAUGCUGCGCAAAGGCAGACAGCUUCGGCGGCGCGCUGGUAUGCGGCGGCGCGGCCGGCGUCUGCCAGCACCUCUACGACAGCGCGCCCAGCGGCUCCUACGGCACCAUGACCUACCUGGCGCGCGCCGUCGCCGCGCUGCUUGCCGAUCGCCUGCCGCACGCCGAGCCCAUACAAUGCGCCAUCACGUAGGCACGCGGCAACUGACGACGGCGCGCCGGAUAGCUCCUGGGGCUAGGGUUGCCAGGCGUCCGGAUAAAUCCGGACAUAGUUAGGCUUUUUGAUUGCGUGUCCGGCCAAAAUAUCCGAUGUCCGGCCUGUCCGGCUUUUGUUAGGCUUUUUAUUUGGCUACCGCGC